UUGACCCGCCCACCUGCGGGGGAGGGGUGGCUCACCAUGGCAACUGGCCUCUGCGUUGUGGAAGCAGACUACCCUGGGCUUGGCGGUUCCCGGUAGUCACCAUUCCAAGGAGACUUGAAGAUGUACAGCCAGCGGUUUGGCAUUGUCCCAAGGGAAUUUAAGGGUCCCACUCCCAAGGCGGUGAUCAUUAGGGCCAAGCCUCCCAAGGCUCAAAGGGCUGAACAACAUCUGAAAAGAAUCCAGCGCAGCUACCACAAGUAUCACACUACUUUGGCUUCCAUUAAGUCCAAUGAGCAGGAUCGCCUGAGAGUUGACUGGAUCCAGCACAAUGACCGCAAGUCCUUUGACAGUCUUGUGCGAUCAAGAGUCAAGGAUGCCAUGCAAGGCUUUAUCAUCAACACUGAAGAGCGGAGGAAUAAGCUACGUGAACUUUUAGCAUCAGAAGAAAGCAAUUAUUUUGCUGAAAUGCAAGCAAAAGGAGAAACCAUUGAAGAGAAAAAAGACAGAAUGAGAGAGAGAACCAAGCUGUUAAGAGAGAAGAAGGAAAAAGAGAGGCAGGAGUUUGUAGCUGAAAAAUUAGAGCAGCAAUUCAGGGAACGCUGUGAGGAGCUCCGCAGUAAACUGGUCAGCAUCCACGAGAAAAAGGUGAUUGAGGAACGGGAGGCACAGAUAGCAUUCAACGAGGAGCUGAAGAGGCAGAAGCUGGUGGAAGAGCAGAUGUAUGCAAAGCUCUGGGAGGAAGACAGACUAGCCAAGGAAACGCGAGAAGCUCAAGAAGAGAGGAGACAGAGGGAGCUGGUGGAAAACACACGCCUGGGGCUGGAUGCUCAGGUCACUAGCCUGCAGGCGCAAAGGCAGGCAGCCAGGCAGAUGAAGGAAGAGGAGGCCCGCUUCCUGGAGCAGAACAAUGCACAAGUUAAGCUAGAGAAUGAACAAGAGAAGCUCCGGAAACGGAAGACAAAAUUGGAAACUAGGAACAUCUUGAAAAAAGCCUUGGAAGACAAGAUAGAGUCCAUGCGGCAGGAGUACAAAGAGGAGCAGGACUUGAAUAUGAAGCUUGUAGGAAGGGCCCUUCAAAACUUGCAAGAGGAGGCAGAGAAGAAUAAGCAAAAGAAAGAAGACAUGGGAAGAGAACAAAAGAUAUACAAUGACUAUCUAAUACAGCUACGAAUGGAAGAAAAAGCCCAAGAGAAAGAACUAGACAGGAUACUAGAGGAGAUAAAGGCAAAGAAGUUGGCUGAGAAGGACCGGGAGCUGGCCCUUGAAAGAGAAGCAAGGAAGCAACUCAUGAAUGAAGUCAUGUGUACAAGAAAACUCCAAGUUCAAGAAAAAUUGCAACGAAAAGCCAAAGAACAAGAAGAAUUGGCUAUGCAGCAAGAGCGCAUAAAUGAAGGCCUGAAAGAACUUAACUGUGAAGAGAGGGAGAAUUUUGCCAGGCGCUGUGUUUUGGCUAAAGAGUAUAGGGAUCAACUUCGGAUGCAAAUUGCCUACCAGAAGCAGGCUCUGGAAGCAGCGAAGGAAGAGGAACGCCUGGAAUUUGAAGCAGGGGUGGCUGCAAAUCAAGACUGUCUGGACAGGAUCAAGGGGAUCCUCUCGGAACAUCAAGCUCUGUCUCAGAAAAUUCACCCCAUGCGCAGGGCUUGGCCUGGCAAGCUUCCACUAUAGUUUAUUAAACAUCAAUGUAUGUUUUCUGGGUCUUUUGGUAUUUUUUAACUACACCUUUUAACUAAAGGAUAAACUUUUAUUCUCUUGAGUUUAUAUUCUUUAUUAGACAUAAUUUUAUUCCUUCAAAUAAAUUUGUUCUUUGUUUGGA